UGGAUCCAUAGCUUUGCUUGUGUUCAUAUUGUUCAUAUCUCUCUUGCCUCUUCUUGUUCUUCUUAAAAAGAAAUACAAAUGCUUCAAUCUCAAUCCUCUGUAGGGCUAUUCCAUGUUAAGGAUAAAUGGGUGGCCAUGAAAGAUCACAAUGAAGAAGAUGAUGAUGAUACUUACAACGGUACUUUUUCAAGCUCAAGUGUCUCAAAUGGAUCAACAUCUUCAUCCUCAUCAAAUAUGGUAGAUGAUGAUGAAGCAUCUUCAUCAUCUUCAAGUUCUUCAAAUGGGCCUCUUUAUCAAUUAUCAGAGCUCAUGACCCAUCUACCCAUCAAGAGGGGAUUGUCUAAUUAUUUUCAAGGAAAGUCCCAAUCUUUCUCAUCUUUAACUUGUGUGAGGAGCCUAGAAGACCUUGCAAAGAAAGAAAAUCCUUACACAAAGAGAAUGAAGACAUGUAAGAGCCAUGAAAAUGGGUUUGAUACCCACAAAUCAUGCACUCAUCUUCCUAAGCCAACAAUUUCAAAGAAGGUCUCAAGAUCUUUACAAGGCAGAUCAAGAGGCAGCAGUUUUUCUGUGCUAAAGAUACCUAGAUAACAUCAUCAAAUUGCAUGAUAUGGUACAAUAAUUAAUACAGAUUUUUCUUUUUUGGGUUAUGGUAGAUGUUCAAAGAUGAUUGUGGAAAACAUGUGAUCAUACAUAGAAUAAUAAAAUUAUAGUCUCUCUGCAAUUUUGCUAAA